GACGUGCCGCGCCCGCCGCCGGCGCCCGUGUGCCUGCCGCUGCCGGGCCCGCUGGCGGCCAAGCACGCCGCGGACAGGAAGCUGCUGCUGGCCUGGGCGGACCCCUUGGGCCAGUACCGGCUCCAGAUGCUGCCCUACACUCCCGGCGUGAACCUGUCGGAGGAGGAGGACCGGGCCGGUUGG